CCCAGACGACCGAGACAACAAUCCUUCUCCUGUCCCGUCCACUGUCGUUUUCUUCAAUCAGGUGUCCGGCAGUUUCUUCUAGGCCUUUGGAUUCCCAAUUGGGCCGUGUCUGCCAUUUUUCCCUCUCUAUUUGGGACUCUCUUCGCCCUUUGCUGCAACACUUGACAUCCUUUGCAUCUUCCGCAUCUUGCGUCUUUUGCUUCAAGAGCAGGUCUGCAACGUCGGCUGGCCUUCGAUCCUGUAAUACUUGUAUAAUCGCUCCGCCACUGCUCGGAAUACUACGAUAUUACACACCAAAACAUAAUUUAUCAUGGCCGAUGCACCGUCCAACAACGCCGCCGCCCAGAUCAACGACCCGGCGCACGAGACUCCUGCCGCGCAGGACACGCCCACCGAAAACCCGGUAGAGCAGCCGACAGAAGACGGCACAGAGCAGCCCGAAGAUGCUCCCUUCGUCGUGAAGAUUAUCCUUCCACACGACACCAACCCGUUGGAGCUCCCGGUCUCGCCCCUGGAGCAGAUCCACGAGAUUCGCCAGUCCGUCAUCGAGCACCCGGUUGCCGUGCAGUACUCGUGCUUCCACCUCGAACACAACGGGCAGCGCAUCAACGACUUCGUUCAGGUCUCGGACGUCGAGGGGCUCGCCGCCGGCUCCGAGCUGCGCGUCGUGGAGGACCCAUACACAGAGAAAGAGGCCAGGAUCCAUUUCAUCCGGAUCAGGGAGCUGAUCGGCGCCGCCGGAGAUCGCACCGACACUGCGCACGGCAUCCUCGCCGGCGCGUCCAUUCACGACGAUGUUGUAGCAGCCGCGGCCGAGCAGGCCGAGAGGGACAUUCAGCCUUAUGACUUUAACACGACGCCGGACCUCUCUGCUCUCCUCCCCAAGGAGACCGCGCCAGCACCCAAGACGGUCAAGCUCAUCACCCUCUCAGCAUGGAACCCACCCCCUGCGCAGUGGAGGCAGAAAGGCCACUUGCUCUACCUCGCAGUGACCACGAACGAGGGCGAGCAAUACCAUGUCACUGGCCACGUUGGAGGCUUCUUCGUCAACAACUCCAACAAGGACAAGUUCAACCCGACACCUCGGACCGACGCCAAGGGCGCCUCAGCUCAUUCGCUGCUUUCCCUCCUCGAGAAGAUCUCAGCGUCCUUCAAAAAGUCCUUUGCCGAACUUCAACAAUUCACCAGCACCAAGGAGCCUCUGGCAACCUUCCAGAUCGGGAAUACCGUCCCCUCGGCUCCUUGGAUCGUUCCAUCUGCUUCGUCGUCCCUGUCCGCCCAUGUCGCCGAUCCGACUCGUUCCCAAGAGACAUUCCUGUUGGGAGGUGCCGAGAACACGGAUUCCUUGAGAGAUUGGAACGAAGAAUUCCAGUCUGCAAAGGAGCUUCCCAAGGACACCAUCCAAGACCGCGUCUUCAGGGAACGUCUGCUGGCCAAACUUCACGCUGACUACAACGAUGCUGCUGCUCGCGGUGCCGUGCUGGUUGCCCGUGGCGAGGUUGCGCCUCUCAACCCCACUGAAGGCAAAGAUGCUCAAAUCUUCGUCUACAACAACGUCUUUUUCUCCUUUGGCGCUGACGGUGUUGGCACCUUCACAAGCGAGGGUGGGGACGAGGCUGCGCGUGUUGCCACAGGCAAGGAUGUUCUUGGCGUCAAGCUCGUGAACCAGCUCGACAUUGACGGCCUGUACACUCCCGGCACUGUUGUUGUUGACUAUCUCGGCAAGCGCAUUGUCGGGCAGAGCAUCGUCCCGGGCAUCUUCAAACAGCCCGAGCCCGGUGAGAACCAGAUUCACUACGGCGCUGUUGAUGGCAAGGACGUGGUAGCUGCUGAUCAGAGCUUUGCGCCCUCCUUCGAGAAGCUGGCGCAGUCUCUGCGCAUCAAGAAGCACGCUGUUUGGGACAGGGAGAACAAGCGGUUUGACCUCGAGGCUAGCGUGGAAAUGAAGGGCCUUCUUGGCACCGACGGGCGCAAGUACGUGCUGGACCUGUACCGCGUCACACCGCUGGAUGUCGCCUGGAUGGAGGAGAACGGCCCUGAGGGCGCCGAGUAUCCUCACCGGAUGACGGUGCUGCGCCCGGAGCUGGUGGAGGCGCUGGGUAAGCAGAAGGCCCGCGACUUUGUCAGCGCCGAGCUGCAAAAGCGUGGUGCCUUGAAGAAGCAGGGCGAUUCUGCUGAGGAGGCGAAGGAGGAGAAGGCGGAUGAUGCUGAAAAGACCGAGGAGGCCAAGGCGGAGGGCGAGGAGGGCGAGGUGGAGGGCAAAGAUGCUGACGCGGUCGAGAAAAAGGAACAAGAGAAAGCGGAUAACGACCGGAUCGACAUGUCCAACUUCAAGUUCGCCUUGAACCCUGACGUCUUCAGCGGCCAGGACCCGCAAACAGACGAGGAGAAGGAGGAAAUGGCUAAGGACGAGCAGGAGGUCCGGGAUGCGUGCACUUACCUCCGAAACACCGUUAUCCCCUCGCUCAUUCGGGAUCUCAACGAGUCGGACAUCAGCUUCCCCAUGGACGGCCGGUCACUCACCUCCCUACUGCAUCGCCGCGGCAUCAACUUGCGGUACCUCGGCAAGCUGGCGUCGCUUAGCGACAACACCCGCCUGGAGUGCUUCCGUGAGGUCUGCAUUCGCGAAAUGAUUGCGAGGUCAUUUAAGCACGUCGCUGCCAAGUACCUCAAGACCCUGCCCCUGCCGCUUACUUCGGCCUGCUUCUCUCAUCUCCUUAACUGCCUUCUGGGCACCGAGUUGAAUCCUAAGCCGGUGGCUGAGAUCGACGAGUCUUACCGUGCUCUCUUCAGCGAAGCGGAUCUCGCGUUCGAGAAAGUCACGCCAGAAAGCCUGAGGGAAGAAAUUCAGAACGAGGCGACCCGCAGGUUCCGGUUUGUCCUGCAGGAUGGCUGGUGGAGCCAUGUCAGGCAUCUCCAGCUGCUCCGCGAAAUCUCCCUGAAGUUGGGUCUCCAGAUUCAGAUCAAGAACUUCCAGUUCGCCCAGCCGGCCGAGCCUCAGCCCGCGCCGCAAACGAACGGCCAACCCCAGGCUGAGCCCGCUAGCAAGAAGAAGAACAAGAAGAAGUCUCGCGAUGGGUCGCCGGCUGCCGCUCCGUCACCCGUUGUGGCGCCGCACACAUUCAGCCCCGAGGACUUUGUCAACGUUGUGCCCAUCGUCAAGGAUUCUUGUCCUCGCAGCGCUCUGGCCGAGGAGGCUCUUGAGGCUGGUAGGCUCUCGAUCUACCAAAGCCAGAGGAGACUUGGUGAGGACCUCCUCCUCGAGUCCUUGUCCUUGCAUGAGCAAAUCUACGGCCUCGUCCAUCCCGAAGUGGCACAGAUGUACCACACGCUUUCUCAGCUGUUCUUCCAGCUGGAUCAGAAGGAUUCCGCGGUGGAGCUGGCCAAGAAAGCUGCCAUCGUCUCCGAGCGGACAGUUGGCCUUGACUCGGCCGAGACUGUGCUGAACUACCUCAACCUCAGUCUGUUCCUCCACCAACGGGGCGACAGCAAGCUUGCGCUGGGCUACGCCAAGCACGCACUCAACAUUUGGAAGAUUAUCUACGGCCCGGACCACCCCGACACCAUCACCACCAUCAACAACUACGCCGUGAUGCUGCAGAGUCUCAAGGCAUACCACGAGUCGCGCCGAUGGUUCGAAGAGUCCCUUCGCGUCUGCGAGAAGGUCUUUGGCCGCCAGUCCGUCAACUCGGCGACCCUCCUCUUCCAACUUGCCCAGGCCCUGGCUCUCGACCAGGACGCCAAGGCCGCCGUUGACCGCAUGCGCGAGAGCUACAAUAUAUUCCGCAACGCCCUCGGCCCGGAAGACAAGAACACCAAGGAGGCCGAGCACUGGCUCGAGCAGCUCACUCACAACGCCGUCUCCAUCGCCAAGCAGGCCAAGGACCUCGCAGCGCGCCGCGCCCGCGCCGGCUACCGCUUCACUUCGCGGGGCGCCAGCGUCGGCACCUCGGCUACUGGUGCCGGCUCCGGCGCCGCCGCCGCGACCCAGCUCGCGGGCAAGCCGACGCCGCCGCCGUCGAUGGACAGCCGCACCAUUGACGAGCUUGUGCGGUAUAUCGAGGGCACGGAUAAGAAGUCGAGCGGCGGCGCUGGAGGCGCUGGUGGGAAGAAACGCGCUGGACGGGGCAAUCCUAAGAGGAGGGGCGGCGCUGCCGGGGCUAGUGCUUAGAGGGCCACUUCCUUGGAGGUCGUUUUGCCCUGCUGAUGUUAGGCGAGAUCUAUUCUGCUGUGUGAGUGGGAGGCCUGAAUGGGGUUGCCCAAUUCGAUUCAACGACCUUGCUGUAUCAUGUAUCACUAGUUUAUGUCUAUCCUCUGGUUUUGUAUUUGUAAAUAUGGGAUGCAAAAUGGGGCCGAUGGGUGGCUGUGGGAGAUAGUGAGGAUGGAGGAACAUCAUCUUGCUGUUUUUGUUGGCGGGCAGCUGGGGCAGGGCAAAGUAAAACAGGCAGCUCCUUCUACUCGAUCAUUUUCGUUGUUAUUAUCACAUCAUUGCUAUGUGUUGCACAGCGGCGGUGGAAAAGCGCUCGGGCGGGUGACAUUUGAGUGGGCACGGAUGUGGGACAGAAGCACCGGCGUCCCGUGGUUGCAAAGGGAAAGAGAUAUGCUGAUAGAGCCUGGUCAAGCGAGGGUUGAGGUGAUAUGCUUAUAAUGG